AUGUGCUUCAGAAAACAGGGAUGGUGUCUGGUCGUGGAAUCGCUAUUGCUGUCUUUGGUAACUGGAUUUCAAGGUAAUCAUCCAGUACUAAAUGCUACAACUGGCAGCAACGUAACCCUGAAAAUCAAGGACUCACUUAGAUCAUACAAUCGUCUCACCUGGCUUCAUACUACCAGUCAGAAGAUUAUAGAGUACACCUAUGGUGGUAAAAAGACUAUCUUCGAGUCUGCAUUUAAAGACAGGAUUGAUCUUGAAGAAACAAAUGGUGCACUUCAUAUCUAUAAUGUCCAGAAAGAGGAUAGAGGUUCCUACUACAUGAGAGUGUUGCAUGAAACUGAGGAGCAGUGGAAGAUAACCCUGGAAGUAUUUGCCAGAUCUUCUGGAGUACACUGGAUUGCAACUUGGCUAGUGGUCAUAAUACCCAUCAUUGAAAGCAUCCUGCUAAGCUGACAAGAUGUCUUCUCACUCAAGAAGGAAACUUCAAAGCACAGGGUCUUGCCUUCAUCCCCAGCAGUGCUCCUAACCAGCGAAGCUGCUCUGGUUCUAUGGGACAAAGGAAAGUGUGUUAUUGAACAUCUAUGAGUGUUUGCAUGCAUGCUCUAUGGUACAAGCACAGGAUCUUGAACAGUGCUCCACCACUGAUCUGUGUGCCAGCUCUUUACAAAAAAUCUUAAAUUAACCUUUUAAAAACUAUGGAUAACAUUUAAUUUUAUAUACCCUAGUUGUUUUUCCAACAUACAUUAAGGAUAAAUGCA